AUGAGCGACCUCCUGAGAGCCUGGCUGGCGGAGGAGAUUGGAUUGCCCGUAUCAGACAAUAUUGAAAGAGACUUCGCGUCUGGUUACUUGUUUGGGCAGCUCCUGAAUAAAUAUAACCUGCAACCAGAUUUGGAUCAUUUCGAUCCAAAGCGGAUGCCGGAUUCGAUGAUAAACAACUACACCCGGCUUCAGCCGACGUUCAAGAAACUCGGUGUUCACCUUGACACGCGGGUGGUGAACAUGCUUAUCCGCGAGGAGACCGGUGUCGCACCGCGUCUGCUGUACUCCAUUAAGCAGAAUGUGUCCCAUCUCCAGAAAUCUCUUUCGAUGUACCAUCACACAGGCAACCUCGGGAGGACUGUGGGUGCGUCCGUGAGCCCCUCCCGCACAUUGCUGGAUGCCCAAAAGCACAACACCAGCAAAGAAAAGUACGACACCAGUGCACACAGGCAAUUCGAGGAGCUGCUGCGGCUUCAAGCCGCGAACCCGAACAUGGUCAUGGAGAGCAUUCACCUGUCAAAGUUUGCAGAUGAGGGGCUGCGCCAGCAGCGGGAGGCGCUGGCCACCUUGUUGCGCGAGCGAGCACAGCAAACAGCCCAGCGUGAUGCCCUCCGCUCGACCCAGAUGGAAAAGAUGAGCAGCGCUCGCAGUGAGAAAGCGCAGAAGCUGGCACGGGACGACGCAGUACACGCGGCGCUGCUGAAGCGCAAGGAGGAGAUGGAGCGCGAGGAGCUACGAGUGGAGCUAGCGCUGAGCGAGAAGGCGCGGAGGAAGAAGCUGGAGGAGCUGCACCACGCGGCUCUGGAUGUGCAUGGUGGCAUCGAUGCGUUUGAGAUCAACAUGAAGCGCCUUGUGCGGGGCGACCAAGGGGAAGGCGAGUUUGCAUCCCCGGGGGACUACACGAAGGGUGAGGAGGUGCUAGCGCCGCCGGCUGGAAAGACGCCCGUGGAACACAUGGAGCAGAUGAAGAGCCGUGCCGCAGCGACGGCGAAGCUACUGGAGGACACGGCGGCGUACAUGCGCGGAGUGAAGGAGGCGCGGGCGGAGGACGUUGCGUCAAAGCGCGAGCGUGAGGCCCGGCGGCGAAAGAUGGUCGUGGAGCAGCAGGCAGCGGCAGCCACGGCGGAGCGGAAGGCACAGGUGGAUGCGCUGGUCAGUGCGUUGCAGCGGCAGAGCGCAGAGGAGCAGCGGCUGGCGGCCCGGCUGUGGCAGGUGAGCCAGGAGAAGGAGGUCAUGCGGGAGAACCGGCUGCUGCGGGAGCGGCAGUAUGCCGAGCGGCGGGAGCGGGACUGGGAGGAGACACUGCGCAGGGAGGCGGAGAUGCACAGGUCCAUGCGCGAAGCCUAUGAGGCGGAGGCGGCAUUGGAAAUGGAAGCGUGGCGUGCCGCCCAGCAGGCCCGCGCGGAGGCCAAGGCCGCCAAGCACGCGGCCUUUGCGCGCGAGGUGGUGUACCAGCUUGUGGGGCUGGCGGAGCGGGCUGCAGAGUACCGGCUGGCUACGGGGAACUUGGUGCCGCGACGUGAAUGGCGCCAAUGGCUGGCCAUGUUUGCGGCUGGGGAUCCGCAGCUGGGUAUGCCGCCACCGCCUCCUGGCUCCGAAGCGCAACUCGCGGAGGCGGACGCGCGCGAGGCCACGUCGCGGCUGGGGCGGGCGCUUGUCGGGGACUACCUGGCGUGCACUGGCGAUUGGGUGCGGGAGCAGGGCCCCAUUGGACACGACGAGUUGCUGGGUCAGGUGGUGGGAGAGCUCGCUAUCCAAUCCCGCGAGCCCGCUCCCCAGCCAGAGCUGCCCGCCAUAGAGAACUUGCCGCUGCGGCUGGCCGUGGUGGGGGCGCCCUUCUCUGGGAAGACGACCGUGGCACAGGACUUGGCACGGAAGUACCGCUUGCUGCUGCUGGACCCGGAGGCGCUUGUGGCGGAUGCCAUGGCGGCGGCGCAGGCGCACGAGGCUGCGGUGGCGGCGGCAGCCACUGCAGCAGCAGCGCCACCAGUUCCCCCGGCUUCGUCACAGGGGUCACGGCCCUUGACGCCGGCGUCGCCUGCAGCUGCCGCUGUUGCUGCCGCCGCUGCAGCAGCGGCAGAAGCAGCGGCAGCGGCGGCGGCAGCCGGCCCAUCUGUCAAAGCACAGCUGGGCGCGCAAGUUGCCGCGGCAUUGCAGGCAGGGGGCGACGUGCCGGACGAGGCGCUGGUGCGGUUGGUGAUUCUGGGCAUGAAGGAAGCAGCGGAAUGGGUUCCGCCGGUCCAGGCGGACCCGAAGGCAAAGACCAAGGGAAGUGCCACGAAGGCCAGUGCUGCUACUUCCGGCAAGGCUGCCGCCGCUGCCGCUGGCGCCACCGCGGCCCAGCAGCAGCCUCCUGGCAACGAACAGCGUGGCUUCGUUGUGGACGGCUUCCCUCGCACCGCCGCUCAAGCAGUAUUGCUGGAGCGCAUGCUGACUGGGCUGGAUCUGGAAUCCGAGCAGGCGCUCAUCGACAGCGCUAGCACUGUUGCUCCGCCGCCUUCGUCGGCGCUGCCGCAGGUGGGCCGUCCGCUGGUUUCGGGGCUGGACGCAGUGAUCGUGUGCGACCUGGCCGACCCAGAGCUGGCGCUUAAGCGAGCGCUAGGCCGCCGCCUGGACCCAGACACUGGCCGCGUGUUCCAUCUGGAAUUCGACCCGCCGCCGGCCAACGACCCGGGCCUUUCGGCGCGGCUUAAGGAGGUGGCCGACGUUUCAAACGACGCACAGCAGAUCCAGCACCGCCUGGCAUCACAGUCGGAGCUGGCGGCCACGCUUGAUGACUGGCUGCGGCGCUUCAGCCGGCUGCGCCGGCCGGUCGACGGCACGGGGCCGCUGGCAGAGGUGCUGGCGUCGGCGUCGGAUAUAGCCGAAGGGCUGCUGCGCGCCAAGGCCGCGGCUGCUAGCUGCCGCGCCGCGGCGGAGGCUGCGCAUAAGGCCCGCGCGUCUGCAGAGCAGGCUCACGAGUUUGCUGAACUGGCACAGAGCGCUGCCGAGUCCGCAGCUCGGGAGCUGCUCGCUGCCAAGCGCGCAGAGAUCCAGGCCACGGCAUUGCUCAACAGCGGGAAGAACCCCGACCCCGCGGCGACGGAGGUACUCAAGGCGCAGGCGGCGGCCAAGUGCGCGGAGCAGCUAAAGGUGGCGCGAGGCGCAGUCACUGACGCCAAUUCACACGCAGAGCGCGCCGCUACAUCUGCCGCUGCGGCAGCGGAGGCGGUAGAGCGCGCGCACAAGUCCUUGGGGGAUGCGGAGGUAUCGGCGCAUGCUGAGUCGGAAGCAGCCGCUGCGGCGACGGAGGCGGAAAAGGCUGCGCGUGGUGCUCAGGAGGCGGCCAGCAAGGCCCUGGCGGCUAAGGAGGCCGCGGCAGUGGCGGCGGCCGAGGCAGAGCGCCUGGCUGCCGCCACGGAGCUUCCGUCGGAGUCCAGUGCAGCGGCCGUCUCCCGGCCAACGACUGUGCCCAGCGGCGCUACCACCGUUGCCGCCACCGAAGGCGCGGCCGCGGCUACCGCUGUGGGUGCUGACGGCGCCGAAGCCACCGCUGCAGCAGAGGUUGCUGCACCGCAACCGCCCGUGCUGCCGCGGCCGCUGGCCGGCAGUCUGCUCUCAGAGUGGCAGACGGUGGAGCAGUGCUACCUGGACGGUCUAUCGUUGGGCUUCACCAGCCUGGCGGAGCAGCAUGCCGCGGCUCAGCGGCAUUUUGACGCGCUGCGCCAGAACUUCCGGGACCUGCUCCAGCGCCCAGAUGAGAAGCCCGCUCUUGUGGCACGUUUCCUCACGGCCUUCAACGCUGUGGAGGCUGAUUUGCGCGGCACCCGGGAGACGCGUGGCGAGCUUAUGCUGCGCUGUGAGGAGCUCCGAGACCAGUUGUGGGCGCUGUGCGAUCGCAAGAUGGAGGAGGCGGAAGCGCAGCGUGCUGCCGUGGCCGCUGACUCGUUCGUGGCGGACCACUGCAGCCUGUUGGCACAGCAGUUCGUAGCACUGGCGCAGGUAGAGGCCGACCGCUUUGCGGCCUCCCUCAACUUCCUGCGCAGCUACGCAAACGCCAAAUGGGCACCACUGUUUGCGCCGCGCGAGCCGCCGAUGCUGGCCGACGUGUCAGCCCCGGAUCUGCUAUCCGGCGGUGUUCCGCUGGAGCUCAAGGAUAAGAUCGACCCCAAGUCCAAGACAGCGGUGGCGAUGCCGCCAUGGAUAGCGCAGCUAGAGCAGCGCGCGCCGCCGCUGGCUCUGGCCUGCAAGCUGAUAAUCGCUCUGGCCAAGACCACGUACGCGUCCUGGGAGCCCGCCCCGGAUGACCCCAAGAAGGCCAAGCGGGACGCAGGCGCCAAGGUGGCAAGCAAGGGCAAGGGCAAGGGCGCCGACGAGGACGACGCAGCGACCGACCCACGUGUCGUGGAGGCCAUGACGCAGGAGCUGCUGACCGGCUGCGGUCGCGAGGUGGCGAUUCUGGAGGCGCGGCUAGGGCUGAUGGCGGAGCGAUGCAUGGGGCAGAUGGACGAGAUAUACAACCUGGCCACGGGCACUGCCGUCAAGCUGGGAGAGUGGAUCCGGGCGAGGUACCGUGCGGAGUGCGCGGCGGUGGCGGCGCUGGAGAAGGUGUCGAAGGCCGCCGCGGCCGGGGGCGAGCAGCUCCAGCACGAUCUGCGGCUACAGGACGAGUACUUGCUACUGGACGAGGGCGGUCUUCUGGUCGACGCGCCGCCGCCGCUGCCGCGCCCCGAGCCCCGAGAGGCGCAGCCGCCAGGCGGCCUGCUGUCCACCAAGCAGUUGGGCGCCGUGACGGCGGCGUUCCUAUCUGCGGCACCCAGCGGCUUUAUGCGGCUGCAGGACGCCGCGGAGAUGCUCUGUCGGCUGGCGGCAGAGGGCGCACUGCCGGAGCCGUGGCGCAGCGCCUCCGUGUCCAGCAUGCUAGGCGCGCUGCGGCUGUACGACCCGUUGUACAGCACGUAUUUGGAUUGGCGGGAAGUGGUGGCUCAUCUGGUUGUGGCAGCCUUUCCCCUCAUUGCCCGGGCGGACUGUGCCGAGAUCGCGGAUCAAGUGGACAUCUGUGCUGAGGUGGAUAAGGAUAAGGAUGGGCUGCUGAGCCAGGAGGAGUGGUCGGCCGCGGAGCUGUGGUUCCAGUACCGUGCAGCCCAGCCAGGCGCCGCCCCCAGCUCAGCGGCUCCAGCCUCCGCGGCCGGCGAACCGGCAUCGGAGAGCCACCGGGAACGCAGCGAGCUAGCAGAGGCACAGCAGCUCAGCAGCAGCGGCGGCAAAGGAACUGGGGCCAGUGGAAACGGAGGAAGUGGCGGCCACACGCGGGGCGACGGGGAGAGCUGGCCCGAUCCCUCCGCCAUACCGCCGCCCAGCACUCCACCUGUCGACGACGGGCAGUACGACAGCCCUGGUGCGCUCAAGCAGGUCCUGUGGGCGCUCUUCUCGUCGCCCUCCGCGGACGGCACUCCCCGCCUGGACUAUCGUGCAUGCCUCCUGUACCUGUGCGCUGAUCGGGACGCAUUUGCGGGCAUUAAGAAGGCUUUCAGCGUCGUCACCGCGAACAUUUCCUCCAACGCCCGCGCCAACGCGGAGCAGGUGUUGCGGAUAGCUUACCCGCUGGGUGCCGAGGCCGGCAUCGAGCUGCACCGCUCACCCUUCAGCCACGAGGAAGUGGCGGCGGUGGUCCGGGCCGUAUGGGAGAGCCGCAAUCCACCGAAGCCGCCGGCGCCUUCUGCCGGCAGCCGCGGUGCCACGCCGCCGAGCGGUGUGGGUCGUGCUGGGGGUCCGACGGCUGCGGCCGCCACUGCCGGCGAGCCCACGGUCACAGCAGAACAGCUCAUGUACAGCGCAGGCGGAGAACGGUUUGUGAAGCGGAUGUUGGAGCGGUACGCAUGGAAGGACUCGUUCGUCGCCACGCGGUUGUGAAGAGCUAUGAGGGCAUAUAGAGCAAGAUACUUCAGUGUGUCCGUGCGUGCAAUUUGUGUGAUGAAUGUUGUGGGUUACGGUACGCGUGACUGUGUUUUGCGGUGUGCAGGGAGCAGCAAUAUAAUAAAUACUUGCCAGGAAUCAUAGCGGGUUUGCAAAUGGGGCCGCUGACCGUGUGUUGGUGUGUGCUUGGCGGUUGCUGCAGCGGGGCCUGCACCUGGAGUGGGCCAACCCAUGUGAGGACGGCGAGACUGGGUGCCUGAUUUCUGGUUUUGGUUUUGUGUCGCUGAGCUAGCCUUUGCCUGGCGGACCUCGAAAAUGGCUGUCUGGACCGUUGACUGGUAGAUCAUGCCUUGGGGCCCCUGCUGCUGCUCCUGCACACACACGAAGCAUGACGCCAAUACCGUCAGCACUUGGUGAGGUGCUGAACAGGACCUUAAGUGUACCAACACGAACAUAAGCGGCGGUGGGGGAUUGAGUAGACUCCAACACCCGUCAAUGCACUAUUGUGUACGUGGUAUGUUGGGAUCUUCAGGGGCGUGACGUUGCCAAUCAGAGAGCUGCUCUGACAGUUGCGGAGGAGCUAUGUUUUGCGGUAUCGGGCAGGACUUACAGGGAUUUGCCCGUAAGGAUAAUGUCCUUGUUUGGCGAUAUGCUUCAUUCGUACGCACGUUCAAUGUUGAUCCUAAGGUGAUCAGGUGUGGAUCCGUGCCGUCGUGCGUUAGCCAUGCAGUCGCAUAGGACUGUCGACCACUUAACGAGCAUCACCUAGUGUUACGUGGGCGACCGAUAAUCCACGGGACCUGAUUAAAGCAAUACAAUCCAGGGGCCUGAGUGGCAUGAUGUAUAAACAUGGCUGGUUGUUGUCAUCUCCCAAUAGCAGGAUGCGUGCGCUGUGCUAGGUGGGCCCCUACCUGUUGUUGAGUGUAGAGGCGACAUGUAAUGCUCUGAACCUU